GCCCUGCAGACGAAUCUAUCGGCUCCUGGUCGUUGAAUGCAGGCAAUCAAUCUCGGUGCUUCAAUCACAACACCACCCAUGACAUGUUGAUCAGGGGCAUUGUCCUCACCCUGCAAACCUCGCCGGCUUCACCUUAGACUUCACUACCCUCUGCUCGCUCGUGGAAAAAGUUUCCAUCUCGAUCACAGCUAACGGUAUGCCGUAACCCCAAUCUGCCCAAUGCACUCCAAUGCAGCUCUGUCACAUACCGCCUUUUGAUCGGCCUGAACAAUACCCGAUGCACAGAAAGCGUGCGUCGGACUGGGUCCAGAGCGCUGAUGCGAGAAUCGAGAUUGGAAACGGAAAGUUCGCGCUUGUAGUUGGCAGCUCGUUCUUCGUGGAACAUGUGCUGGAGGUUGUCCAUUCGAUCGCCGCCGGAAAUGACGAUGCGAUAACAAGAGAGAAUUCUGCACGAAAGCGUCUUCAAAACGUACAGCCAUACAGCUUGCGAGAAAGGUAACGUGAGCGGCUGGUCACUGGGUUUCGUAAUAAUAUCGAUU